AUGCUGAUUGCCGGCGCCAUCAUCCAUAGUUCUUUGAAGAAAAAUUAUCGCCUCUUCACUGCUUGCAUCAGCGUCCCGUCUACCCUGGCUAUUACUUUCGAAGUCGUGUUAUCUUUAACAGUUUUACUGUCUCUUAUCAGCGUCAACAGACGAAACGAUGUCCUCUUGUCUGUCCACAUCUACACUCUGGCACUCUUAAUGAUUAUCGAAUUGGCGGUAGGAAUUUCCCGUUUCGCGCUCAAACCCAUCGUGUUGGAAACCAUCACAGACUCUUUGCGGUUUGCAGAAUCCAAAUACACGAGCGACAGUUUAUCGCGUUUUUCUUGGAAUUCUUUCCAAGAUGAUUUGAAAUACUACGGUCUUUAUCGCUACGACGAAUGGUUCCUGGUUUUGGGCAACUUUCUCUUCCAGACUCUUGCUGCGUUUUUUUCUUUCGUCAAUUGCUAUUUCAAAUGA